AAAGUUGCUCAGAUCUGAAUGACGACUUCCUUUCGCAAGGGCUUGUUGGGAAAUGUAGUUCUUCUGUGCAUCCUGCUCUGGGUGCGGCUGAAGAACUGGGUCGGAGAGGGUUACGUGCUGCCAGAAUCUGUAUGGGCUGAGGGCACAGAGCGGCUGGAUUUAUCUAUGGUAUGAAAUAAGAACUGGGAAAAAAUGACAGCCAUCAAGCACGCGCUACAAAGGGAUAUUUUUACCCCCAAUGAUGAACGUCUCCUGAGUAUAGUAAAUGUUUGCAAGGCAGGAAAGAAAAAGAAAAACUGUUUCCUGUGUGCCACAGUAACAACAGAACGUCCUGUGCUUGUUAAAGUUGUCAAAGUAAAGAAAUCUGAUAAAGGAGAUUUUUAUAAAACGCAGACAGUCUGGCUGCUUCGAGAUCUUGCUGUGGUCGAUGCUAAAGAUGCUGUCAAGGAAAACCCCGAUUUUGAUUUGCAUUUUGACAAAGUGUACAAAUGGGUAGCAAGCAGUAUUGCUGAGAAGAAUGCAUUCAUUUCUUGCCUCUGGAAACUGAAUCAGAGAUAUCUGCGGAAGAAAAUUGACUUUGCCAAUGUCAGCUCCCAGCUAUUGGAAGAACUGCCUAAAGUUGCUGAAGAGUCAGUUCCUAGUGGGGAGAACCAGAGCGUUACUGGGGUUGAUGAAGAAGCAGCAGCUGAAUACCAGGAAUUAAAUGCCAGAGAGAAGCAGGACAUUGAAAUUAUGAUGGAGGGCUGUGAAUAUGCCAUCUCCAAUGCAGAAGCCUUUGCAGAGAAAUUAUCCAGAGAGCUGCAAGUUUUGGAUGGGGCAAACAUUCAGUCAAUCAUGGCUUCAGAAAAACAGGUCAAUAUCCUCAUGCAGCUGCUGGAUGAAGCUCUUAAGGAGGUAGAUCAGAUUGAAGGGAAACUGAGCAGCUAUGAGGAGAUGCUACAGAGUGUAAAGGAACAAAUGGACCAGAUCUCUGAGAGCAACCAUCUUAUUGAGCUCAGCAAGACCAACGGUGACACUCUCUUGGGCGAGAUUGAAUUCCUUGUUAAUCACAUGGAUUUGUCUAAAGGCCACAUUAAAGCUCUCCAAGAAGCAGAUCUCUCUUCAUCUCGAGGGAUCGAGGCUUGUACUAAUGCAGCAGAGGCUCUCCUACAGUGUAUGAAUGUGGUUCUUCAUCCUGGACAUGAUAUGCUUCAGGCUGUUAAGCAGCAACAGCAGCUAUUCAGUGACCUACGGGAACAGUUUGCACGAAGACUGGCCAGCCACUUGAACAAUGUCUUUGUCCAGCAGAUGUUCCCUCAGUUAUAUAGCAGGUUCUACUACAUGUCUAAGGCUGGCCAUGAUCAAAGUUCCACACUUUCUGCUGAAAUGACUUUACCAAACCACCAUCCUUUUCACCGGGACCUGCUACGUUAUGCCAAGUUAAUGGAGUGGCUAAAAAAUACAGAGUAUGUGAGAUACGAGGGACUCACAAAGAAUUACAUGGAUUAUAUUGUGCGACUAUAUGAGAGAGAAAUCAGAGAUUUUUUUGAAGUGGCACGAAACAAAAUGACUGGUGUAACUAAGGAGGGGAAGAAGUUUGCUACUCUACCUCGAAAGGAAACCGCUGUCAAACAAGAAACAGAGAGUCUCCAUGGAAGUUCUGGGAAAUUAACAGGAUCCACAUCAAGUCUCAAUAAGUUAUCAGUGCAGAGCUCAGCCAGUCGCAGGUCUCAGUCUUCAUCACUGCUAGACAUGGGCAAUAUGUCUGCUUCUGACCUGGAUGUAGCUGACAGGACCAAAUUUGAUAAGAUCUUUGAACAGGUCUUAAGUGAACUGGAACCGCUGUGCCUGGCAGAACAAGACUUCAUCAGUAAAUUCUUUAACCUGUCUCAGCACCAAAGCAUGUCUAGAACAACAAUGGGUGAAACAGAAGAGUCAGAUGGAGGAGUUUCCUCUCGAACCCAAACCACUGGAGCACAGUCUGAAAAAGAAAUGAUUCGACAGAUGAUGAAUUACAUUUUCCGGUGCAUUGAGCAUGAAUUGAACAGCCUUAUUGCCUUUGGUGAUAAGAUUGACAGCUUUAAUUCAUUGUACAUGCUGGUUAAAAUGAGCCACCAUGUAUGGACAGCAGAGAAUGUAGACUCGGCCUCUUUUCUUAGCACUACAUUGGGCAAUGUCCUUGUCACUGUGAAGCGGAACUUUGAUAAGUGCAUAAUUAAUCAGAUCAAGCAAAUGGAGGAAGUAAAGGUCUCGAAGAAAAGCAAAGUUGGCAUCCUUCCAUUUGUUUCAGGGUUUGAAGAGUUUGCUCAGCUUGCAGAAUCAAUCUUUCGAGUAGCAGAGAGGCGGGGGGACCUGGAUAAGGCUUACACAAAACUUAUUAAGGGUGUUUUUAUAAAUGUUGAGAAAGUAGCUAAUGAAAGCCAGAAGACACCUAGGGACGUGGUCAUGAUGGAAAACUUCCACCACAUCUUUGCCACCCUUUCCCGAUUAAAGAUAUCAUGCCUGGAAGCAGAGAAGAGAGAGGCUAAACAGAAAUAUAAUGACCACCUUCAGUCAUACGUCAUAGUUUUUCUUGGACAUCCACUGGAAAAACUAAAUAUUUUCUUUGAGGGUGUCAAAGCUCGUGUUGCCCAGGGCAUUGGGUAUGAUGAGGUGAGCUACCAGUUGGCAUUCAGUAAGCAAGAACUACGAAAAGUCAUAAAGGAUUAUCCAGGCAAGGAAGUGAAGAAGGGACUGGAGAACUUGUACCGAAAGGUUGACAAACAUCUCUGUGAAGAGGAGAACUUGCUACAGGUGGUGUGGCACUCCAUGCAGGAUGAAUUUAUCCGCCAGUACAAGCACUUUGAAGGCCUGAUUGAGAAAUGCUACACAGGAGCUGGAAUCACUAUGGAGUUCUCAAUUCAAGAUAUCCUGGAAUAUUUUUCUAGUAUUGCACAGUCCCAUUAGUGGCAGUUAUGCAACACAUGUUACGUUUAAACUGCACUUUAUGUACUGUUUGUCUAAACAAAGAGCUGAAAGUAAUGAGUUUAGCUUUUGUCAUCUUAUUCAGGGUUGUGCUUCCGUUAGUUUGAGAUCCAGCUGAAGCUAUUCUGUAGUGAACUUCUACUGCUCUUUUAUCCUCUGUCAUUUUCUGUGUAGCUGAAGGUGGUAUGCCGUAACGAGAACUGAUACAGACUGCAGAAAAGACGCUGCAUCAUACAGUAGUUGCCUUACUACCUCUUUUAAAAAUCAACAUGCAGCAAGAUCUGCAGGGCCCAUGCAAAUAACCUACAUAUCUCCAGUUUUAAGGCACUGAAAAACUUUGGAUUCUAGAGGAAGUAUGAAAUCAUUUUUGUGGUUCAGACUGAUUCAGCUAAGCCUCUUAAAAGGGGUUUGGUCACCUUCAAACAACUUGUUGUUUUCAGAUAGAUCACCAGAAAUAACAACUUUUUCCAAUUACUUUCUAUUUUCUAUGUGUUUCUGUUUUUCUAAUAUUCAAGUGUAAAGUUUCAUAUUUCACCUUCUAAAGCAGCUCUGGGAGGGGGGGGGUCGCUGACCCUGCAAACUGCUCUAAAUGGAUACAUUUAGUUGAUACAUUUCUUGAUACAGUAGCUGCUAAUACUCCAUGCUGCUGAGAAAUGUAUUAAUUAAAUGUUGCAAAAUUGUAGCAGUUCAGAAUCUGCACCUGAAUUACUGAGCUGCCAGACUCAAACACUAAUAUUCAACUCUAAACUUAAAUUUUUUGGAAAAACAGUAAAAAAAAAAAAAAAAAAAAAAUAAAAUAAUGGAAAGUAACUGAAAAAAAUCUUUAUUUCUGCGGAAUAAUCUAAAAUCAACUGAACUGAAAAAAAUGUUUAGAAGGUGAACAACCCCUUUAAAUAAGGUGGUUAGUUAUAAAGCAUUCAGAAAGCAGAGGAACAGUGAUUUUAACAAUCUAUGUAUAUACCUAAGCAUAUAUUUAGUUCCCUAGGCUUGUUUUUAUUAUAUUUACUGCAUGUAUGUCAAGGCUAAGAGCCACUGUAAAUAUGAAUUCAUUCUGUA